AUAGUAUUUUCCGUGGGGUGGUAUGUUUGUUCCGCGUCUCCCUGGCUCAUCCGAACUUCCUGGAUGUAUGCUUAAGAUCCACAAUGACCCGGCGGUCGAUUUAAGGGAAAAGAAGCCCUCUGCGUAGGAUGCUGGUAUUGAAGGGCGAGGACGGCGGUCCUAUGCGUUUGGGGAGCUUCUAGCGUCCCGGCGUGGGACGGGCUCGGAUCAUUUUUAUCGCCUGGUUUGAGUUCCCGGGGCUCUCAGCUCGCCCAGUUUGCCUCCCUCCACUUUCUAGGAGUGCUUCUACCUAGUCCCUUUGGGGCGUUAGUUUCCCCGUGCUUCCCAUUACUGUUCUUUAAAAUAGGGAUAUUAGGACCUUCCUAAUAGAAUUGUUUAUUAGGGAAUUGAAAAAGAUGGUAGAAAUAUAAACAUUAAAAUAGUUCUUGGUACGUGGUCAGUGGUGAUUUCUCCCUAGUGUUAAUUUCCAGAGAAGCUGUCAUGUCCCCAGGUUAGGGUCAGAGCUCCAGCAGCACUGACCCUGCCUCCUCUUCUCUCCGAUCCCCCUGCGUUACGCUGGUUAGUAGGACUUCUGACCACUCCCCGCACACACACACACCCCUCCUUUUUUGGGGGGAAGAUAAGAGUUGCUUCCAGAUUGCACAGAGGGAGAGGAAGGAAGCUUUAACUUUUUUCGCGGACGUGGGCACAAUCAAGGCAUUUUAUAGCAUUCUUUCCCCAGCCUGACUUCUCAAAAAGGACUGCACGGAGGCUACUGACAGCAAAGCUCCACACAUUCCAGGCACAGUUCUACCUUCCUGGGUUCUGUAUCACUCAGGACUACGCAUCCCCAGGACUAGGAGGAAAAAUGACCAAAUUCAAGGAGGAAUUGACCUUUAAGGACGUGGCUGUGGUCUUUACCAAGGAGGAGUUGGGGCUGCUGGACUCUGUCCAGAGGAAGCUGUACGGAGACGUGAUGCUGGAGAACUUGCAGAACCUGGUCUCAGUGGGAGGAAAGAUCCAAAGUGAGAUAGAAAUUGUUCCAGAGGCAGAACCACAUGAAGAGCUUUCCUGCUGGCACAUCUGGCAACAAAUUGCAAGUGAAUUAACUAGACAUCAAGACUCCUUGAUAAAAAGUUCUAAAGUCCCCAAACAGGGUGAUUCACCAGGCCAGGUUGGGGCAGGUCUGUCUAUAACUCACGCAGACCAGUGUAAUGAAUGUAAAAAAUCUUUCACUUUUGAUCUUCAUCAACAAAUACACUCAGGAGAGAAAUCUCACACAUGUGGUGAGUGUGGAAAAAGCUUCUGUUACAGCUUAGCACUCCGUAUUCAUCAGAGAGUUCACUUGGGUGAGAAACGCUAUAAGUGUGAUGAUUGUGGUAAGGAAUUCAGUCAGAGUUCACAUCUGCAAACUCAUCAGAAAGUCCACACUGUAGAGAAACCAUUCAAAUGUGAGCAGUGUGGGAAAGGCUUCAGUCGUAGAUCAACACUUACUGUUCAUUAUAAGUUACACACGGGAGAGAAACCUUAUAAUUGUGACAAAUGUGGAAGAGCCUUCAUUCACGCUUCACAUCUUCAGGAACACCAGAGAAUCCACACUGGGGAGAAACCAUUCAAAUGUGAUAUAUGUGGGAAGAACUUCCGUCGUAGAUCAGCACUUAAUAGCCAUUGUAUGGUCCACACAGGAGAGAAACCAUACAAAUGUGAAGACUGUGGGAAGUGUUUCACUUGUAGUUCAAAUCUUCAUAUCCAUCAGAGGGUCCACACAGGAGAGAAACCAUAUAAAUGUGAGGAAUGUGGUAAGUGCUUCAUUCAGCCUUCACAAUUUCAGGCCCAUCGGAGAAUCCACACUGGAGAGAAACCGUAUGUUUGUAAAGAGUGUGGUAAGGGCUUCAUUUACAGUUCAAGUUUUCAAGCCCAUCAGGGAGUUCACACAGGAGCUAAACCAUACAAAUGUGAGGAGUGCGGAAAAAGCUUUAGGAUGAAAAUCCAUUAUCAAGUUCAUCUGGUGGUCCACACAGGUGAGAAACCCUAUAAAUGUGAGAUAUGUGGGAAGGGGUUCCGUCAGAGUUCAUAUCUUAAAAUCCAUCAGAAGGCCCACUGUGUAGAGAAACCUCUUAAGUGUGACGAGUGUGGGCAGGGCUUCACUCAGAGUUCACGACUUCAGAUUCAUCAGCUUAUUCAUACUGGGGAGAAACCAUACAAAUGCGAAGAAUGUGGAAAAGGAUUUAGUCGUAGAGCAGAUCUUAAAAUUCACUGUAGAAUCCACACAGGAGAGAAACCAUAUAAUUGUGAGGAAUGUGGGAAGGUCUUCAGUCAGGCCUCACAUCUCCUGACCCAUCUGAGAGUCCACAGUGGAGAAAAACCAUUCAAAUGUGAUGAGUGUGGGAAGAGCUUUGGUCGGAGUUCACAUCUUCAAGCCCAUCAAAAAGUCCACACUGGAGAAAAGCCAUACAAAUGUGAGGAGUGUGGGAAGGGCUUCAAGUGGAGCUUGAACCUUGACAUGCAUCAGAGGGUCCACACAGGGGAGAAACCGUAUAAGUGUGGGGAGUGUGGGAAGCACUUCAGUCAGGCCUCGAGUCUUCAACUUCAUCAGAGUGUCCACACUGGAGAGAAACCAUACAAAUGUGAUGCAUGUGGCAAAGUCUUCAGUCGGUCUUCACAACUUCAGUAUCAUGGGCGAGUUCACACAGGGGAGAAACCUUAUAACUGUGACAUAUGUGGUAAGAGCUUCAGUUGGAGAUCAAAUCUUGUAAGUCAUCACAAAAUUCAUGCUGGUGAUACAUUGUAUAGAGGUGACAAGAGUGGUAGGAAUAUCAAAGACUUGUCAGAAGAAAGAAGUUCUACAAAAUGAUGUUUUUUAAAAACUCAUGGGCAAUUUGAAUUCUUACCAAGUUUCAUAGGAGAAAAAAUAGUUGUUUUAGUUUAGUCAGUGUUUAAGCAAUACUGAACACAUCUCAAUUUUCAGCAGGCCAUGCAUGCAGUGGAGAACUCUUGUUAAGUGGUGCAGUAAGAACUUCAUUUAGAACUUUGACAUUUAUUAGUUGUCACUUAGGAGAUGGUACUUAGAAAGGAAAAGAGUUUGGUCUGACCUUUAACAAAAGGCCAUGUCAGAAUUGCUGCUCACUAGAAUGUAAGCUCCAUGAGGGCAGGGACUUGGCUGUUAUGUCUGCACAACCUUUACAUUGACUCACUCUUGUAGAUGUGCUUAGUACUUGUAUGUUAGAGAAACCAAAAGGAGAAAAUAUACAACAUAUGAAAUCACAUCCAAAGGAGGAAACCUACCAAAUAAAAUUAAGUUAGGGAAAUGAACAUUAGUUGAAAUACAGAAAACCAAGUAGUAUUCCAAUUCACAACAUUAAUAUGGUAACUGCCUUAUUGCAGCUGUCUUCUGUCUUUGCCACAGUCUCUGUUCUGAAGUUGAUUCUUACUAUUUGGGGCCCUCUUUAGUUUUCCAAGCAUUGUGUACAGUGUAAUUAAACUAUCUUUUGUGGUUUUUCUGAUAGAAAAAAAUUUUGUUUAACUUUGUAAGAAGUUAAAAAGCA